AUGGACUGGGGUGCUGCAGACUGCCCGGACUACGUCAAAAUUGAGCCGCAAUCCGAGUUGGGAGAAAUCCUCGACACGGUGUAUUUUUGCGGUUCUGGCGAUGCUGCAACUUCGUAUUUCAUUCGAGAUGGAGAGAAGAACUUCAUCCCUCGGCAGAAAUUCGGUCUGAAAGGAUGGGACCAUGCUUGGGAUACGUUCGCGAAGAGAGCCACCGUGACAUUUUCUUCCGACUCCGAAGGAAACGGCGGCAACUUCAAAAUUCUCGUCGGAGAGCAGCUCCGAUCCUCGCCCUGCCGAACUCGAUCGGAUUGUCAGCACGUCGACUUGACUCAACAUAUUUGCGCCAUCAACGAUGAGACGAAAGAAAAAGUCUGCACCAAGGUCGACUGUACCAGCCACGAUCACUGUAAGAAAGGAGAGAAUCCUGGAGACCCAAUUGAAAUCUGCUCGAAAAACAAGUGCGAACCAACAGAAUGCCGUCUCAGAGAGCAUUGCCCAGAGCAGCACGUCUGCAAGGACAACGAAUGCACACUCGUCGACUGCACAAAACACGAUCACUGUGACCAAUCUGCCGGCCCGAAGCGAUGCACCAAGAACGUCUGUACCUCCGUCGGUUGCGUCGGCAAAAAAGACUGUCUGGCGAACCAGCUCUGCGUCGAAAACGAGUGCGUCAGCCAUGAGUGUCUCGGACAUUUGACCUGCGAGAACGACUUUCCGGAACGAUGCAAGGAUGGAAUUUGCAAAUGCAUCGGCAGAAAAUGCGAAAAACAAGAAUGCACCAAGCAUACACACUGUCCCGAUGGCGGCCUCUGCGACAACAAUCCCUUCAACGACCCAACUUUCAAGUGCUACAACGAAGUUGACGGCGUCAAGACCUGCCGAAACCAUGCUCAAUGUGGGGCAAAAGCAAAAUGCCAGGACAAACGAUGCGUGAGCGUGGAGUGUCGAACAAAUAAAGAUUGUGAAGGAAAGAAAGGUGCUGAAGCCUGGAGAUGCUUCGAUGAAAACACUGCUCCAACUGUCGAACAACAGAAUACUUGCUACCCAGUCGACUGCAGUAGACAUGACACUUGCGGCGCCAAGAAAGCUUGCAAGGAUAACACCUGCGUGGACGUUACCUGUAGAACUAAUGCUGACUGUACUGGCAACUUCUUGUGUCACAAGCCAGAUCGUUCCGACCCUACGAAGAAUUUCUGCAAAGCCGUCGACUGCAUCGGACACAAAGCCUGCAAGGAACAUUCCAACAUCGACUGCCAAAAUGGCAAAUGUCUUUGCAUCAAAAACAAAUGCGAGGCGCAACAAUGCGUAACUUCUGAUCAUUGCGGAUCAAAACAACGAUGUCACGACAACAAAUGCGAAGAUGCGCAAUGCUCCAAUCAUGAUCAUUGCCUCACAUUUUUCCCGAAAUCCAACGGAGUCGACUAUCACCCAGCCAAGUGCUUCCCCAACUGUUACACCGAAAAGGGACGAAAGUACUGCCUUCCGGAAUGUAGAAAAGUCGCCUGUCGAACGCACGAACAUUGCGGGCCCAAGCAGCUUUGCGACAAGACAAAGAAUCAGUGUAAAAAUGUCGAUUGCAGAGGACAUGAUCACUGUGGCGACAAAGAAAGUUGCGUCAAAAACGUCUGCACCCUCCAAACUUGCACGAAAAAUUGGCACUGCAAAGGUGAAAAAGAGGUCUGUGAAAACAACGAAUGCAAACAAGUCGGAUGCAAAGGACACGACGAUUGCGGAGAGAAAGAACGAUGUAUUCGCCAUGAAUGUGUCGCCAGAGAAUGUACUCUCAACGAGCACUGUAGCAAGAGCCCAGGCAAUUUCGAAAAAUGUGAUAAAAUUGAUGGAACAUGCAUCGACAUCGAAUGUAUUGGUCAUACCAGUUGCAACAAUGUCAAAUUGAACUCGUUCGGCGACGACUGCUCUGAUGGACACUGCCUCUGUCUCGGAAACGUCUGUCAUUGGCAAGAAUGUCGAACGAACGACCAUUGCGACGUCGACUGCCUCGGCCAUGCUGAUUGCGACAACUUCAAGGGCGAUACGGAAAACGCCUACUAUUGCAAAAACCAGAAGUGUGAGCCGAUUCAAUGCCGAGUUACUGCCGACUGUGGUGAUAAAGAAGUGUGCAAAAAUAGGGAGUGCCAGACAGUUGCCUGCACAGAGCAUUCUCAUUGUGAGGAAGAACACGAUGAUACUUACAGCUGCUUGAGCAACACCUGUACAAAACAACAAUGUCGAAACAACCAGCACUGCAACAGCAAUCAGCUUUGCAACAAAGCCAAGGGCGAGUGCUACGAUGUCGAAUGUCGAGGAAAUCUGAUGUGCGACGAUAAAGAAGGCUGCGAAGAUGGAAAAUGCCUCUGCCUGGACAAUGUUUGCGAGGUGCAAGAAUGCAGGAAAGAUGCUCACUGCGGCGAGAAAGGCGUUUGCGAAAAAAACCAAUGUGUCCAACUCGACUGCAAAACUGACGAGCACUGCCUCGACGACAAUAGAAAACCUUGCAGGGACGGAAAAUGCCGCUGCAACCUGUCAAAAAACUGCGAGCCCGUUUCAUGCAUGGAGAACACUCACUGCGCUGCUGAUGAAGUCUGCUCUGGCGACGAUCCGAAUGAUGGAAUCGAAGAUAACACUUGCAUUUCUGUCGAGUGCAAGAGCAUUAACGAUUGUGGCGACCAAGAAAUUUGCGAGAAAAACACUUGUAAAUUAGUCGAAUGUACUACUUCUAGCCAUUGUGCCGAUCGAUCUUCUCCUCAUGUUUGCAGAAAGAACAAAUGCGAGCCAGUGGAAUGUGCAGCUCAUGACGACUGCGCCGACUUCUUCCCAGAAACUGAAGGCCUCGGGUACAAAUGCAUCAAGAAUAAGUGCAAAAACUUCGAGUGCACAACAAACUUCCACUGCGGCGAAGGGCAACUUUGCAACAAAUCGAUCAACGAGUGCUACGCUCCCGAGUGCAUUGGUUCCCUCGCUUGCGAUAGCCUGGCAACAACUGAGGGUGGAGAAAACUGUCUCGACGGAAGAUGCAGAUGUGAAGCGAACAAAUGCGUGAAAAAGGAAUGCAGAGACAAUACUCACUGCGGAUGGCCACAGAAGGCGAGUAUUUGUCAGAACAACAAGUGCAACAAUGUUCCAUGCACUUCUCAUAGCCACUGUCAAAACGCUGAUGGCGGAAACGUCGCUUCCCGAUGCGUUGAUGGAAACAAAUGCGACCACUCAGGCGAAUGUCUUGUGACCAACCACUGCGAUUCAUACGACGAGCCACAUGUCUGCCGAGACAACCAGUGCGUUCCAGUGCCAUGUCUCAGAAACUCAGACUGCGGCGACCAGCACAUUUGCGUCCGACAAGAGUGCGUCAAAGUUGAGUGCGACUCGAACAUUGACUGCGAAAAGGGGCAAAUUUGCGUCGACAACCUUUGCGUCGAGUAG